CUAUCGUAAACGUUUCUGGCUUGGCUUUUCAGAUUCAGCCAUCAGUUGGUGAAGAGCAUUUUUUCUCUUGGCUCGCGGAAAGUGUUAAGUCUUUUCUCAUUCGAAGUGUUAUCUAAGAAGGUUUGCCCAUUUCACAGUUGUGUUUCAUGCGAAUACAGCAACUGUUGAACAUGGCCGGAGCUAACAUGUUGGUCCACUUGACGCACAUUGACGAUUCCGUUCGUGGACGGCAAGGCCCGUGUGUCUACUUUUGGGGUAUGACCCACGAUCGUAGCUUGUAUUUGCUGAUGGAAAAAUAUUUGGAGAGCAUCAGGCACUAUUUGGAAGCAAUUUCACCACCGCUCAACCUUAAUGUACUGAAUCAAGUCUGCUGUGUACUCAUUAACCACCAGUGGCAUCGAGCAAAAGUGCUGGAACUUAAAUUGAGCCAUGCAGGGACAAUUGAUGUUUUUUGUAUCGACUCUGGAGAUACUCACACAGUACCCUUAGGUUUUGUUCGUACUCUUGACAUCCCUGCAAAGGAAGCAGAGCACAUCAGGGAUUGGCCUCCUCUAGCCACUAAGUUUAUUCUUGCUGAUGUAGUUGCCCCUCGAGGACCUGGAUCUCGUUCCCACUGGAGUGAACCAGCUGUGAUUUUCUUGAAGAUGCAUGUGGAGAAUCGCACUUGGAAAGCUUCACCCAUGGGCAUGUACGGUGAACAUCAGGGUGUAAGGUUGUUUGAUUCAAAUAAUCAACUUCUGGCCACAACCAUGAUUCAGCAAGGACUUGGAGUGGCUGCACAGACCUAUCACGAAGCUUUAAGCAUGUGUGAGAUGAUGAACAAACAGCCUGCCUACAUCCAACCUGCUUUUAACACCUUCUCAGGUAGAUUAAACGUACCGACCCUAAACAACACCCUGCCACCUGCAUUCGCAAUUCCAGCAACAUACCGUGACCAUCAUCCGGCGUACCCAAUGGCAGCGGCUUGCUCUCCAAAUCAGUCACCUAUUCCUCCUCGAGCGUACGUGACUAACGACAUUCCUUCCAAGGGGCGACACGACGUUAUCGUCACACACAUUCCCGAUGGGCCUCACAAGUUCUACGUGCAACUCAAAAGUGAAGCCAGCGAUUUUCUGAGGUUACGCAAGAAACUCGAUUCGACAGCACCUCCCGCCUUGCGCGGAGUACCGAAACUUGGAACACCUUGCGUAGCAUUGUCUCCAACGGACAAACUUUGUCAUCGUGGAUUGAUCACGGCAGUGGGUGAUUACGGCGAUCAGUGUACUGUCUACUUCGCUGACAUCGGGACCCAGGAGCCAGUAAACCUUGAUUCGAUUUGUGAGAUCUCUGACGAGCUGUUGGUUCCGCGCUUGUUUGCCUAUCGAGUUUCUUUGUUUGGCGUUGAAGAAGUCGCCAAACUCGUGGGCUUGAACGAAAUUUUCACGUCUUUAGUCAACUCAGUCCCGUAUCUCAAAGUUGAAGUCGUGGAAGAUGAUGAGGGCAAACAAAAAGUAAAUCUCUACGACAACCUUGGACGCAGUAUCUGGGAAAUGCUCUGCACGAUUCUGGCUAACUUCGGAACAUCGAGGGUUUGCUCGCCUGUUGCCCCAAUCCCUUCGCCACCCAAAUUAAAUCAAGCAGCUACAGCAUGUGUAACCGAGAUCCCCUCUGCUGUUUUACCGGAAGAGCCCGGAUAUUUUUUUGGACAGCUCGAGAAGAUACCAGUAAAGGAUCUAAAUGUUAUGGUCGCUGAGCUAACGAUGGCUUACUCUACCGAUCCCAACCCUCCCUUGCUGUAUGCAGACGUCAAAAGCCACUUGGGGCAUUAUGCCGUGAUCCAUUGGGAUGAAGACAAUAAUUUCUACCGGAUUCGUGUAAAUAAGGAGUUGAUCAACGAUGCUGAGGUUCAAUUCACCGACUACGGAAACAGUCUGCUGAUACCACGCUGCAAAAUUUUGGCACCUCUAGAAGGGUUGACUUGCUUCCGAAAUCCUCCUUACGGCAUUCAUUGCAAGAUUGAUGGUGGUGUGAUGCAGUCUAUUCCCAACUGGCGGGAACUUAUGAAUGAAAAGCAGAUUAAAGUAAAAAUUGGUAGUUUGGUAGACGGAGUCUAUUCAGUGACUUUGACUGACGAUCCUUGCAAUAACGAUAUUGCAAAAGCGAUUUCUUCGGGGAACCUUCAAAAAAAACCCGUUGUUAGCGUUCCAGAACAGAGCACUUGUAGUGAUAAUGCACCAGUCCAAGUUGAAAAUGUAUCGGAACAAACAGCCAGAGGGAACAACGAUCGUUUCAGGAGGAACACCGAUAACGGCAAUUCUGGUAGAAGUCACUACGUUCACCCCAAAGCCAAGGAUACAAACUGGAGAGCAGCUGGGACGGAAGAUACGACGCAAACUGGGCAAGUGAGAACAUCCAGCAAGGAAUGCAAUUGGAGAUCGUCGUCUAAUCAAGUUCAAGAGGUGAUUCGCGCUCCUCGAGGACCUCCUCCCUCGACUGGGAAUGGAGAGACUAAAGGUCCCAUGGGGUUUCAGAGACUUGGACAGGUGAACAAAUCACAACCUCCUUUGUUGAAGCCUAUAAUUGAAACUUCGCCACCUGCCGUGAUACCCGAGGAGCCGAAGAUGUCACCAACUUCAACUGUUCAAAAGCAGUAUACUUAUAUGCAUCAAGCUCUGCCAGUUGCAAACAGUCAAGUGCAGUUAACUUGUGUUGUUGACCCAACCAGUUUCUAUGUUCAGCUAUCAGCUAACUCUACUAUUCUUAAUGAAUUGGUUGAGAAAUUGAAUCUAGUUGACUGUGAUGAACUUAAACCAUUCAUUCAAAACGCAAAGCCCGGCUCUGCUUGUGUGGUGCAGUAUGAAGAAGACAGCCAAUGGAAUCGUGGACAAGUUCUUCAGUUGAGCGACCCCCCUGCCACGAUCCAACUAGUCACUGUAAAACCAAUUUCACAGUUGAAGCGAAUGGUCCCGCGCUUCAUGCAGUGUCCUCAGUUGACUUGGCACUCGAGAUUGAAGGGAGUCAAGAAGAUGACUUCCGGACCUGUCAAUCUGGAACCCCAGAAACACAUUGCUGCCUGCUUUUUAACUGGACAAUCGCUUUCAGCAUUGUUUCAUUCUACUAGUCCAGAUGGAAAUAAUGGGGUGUUUGAAGCGGGUUUCAAUGUUCCUGGUGAUGUUGCAAACUAUUUGAUUGAACAGAAAGUCCUGGACCGCGUCGUGUUAGAUACGCCACAACAUCUUUAUGUCCGAUUAUUUGAACCCUCUGGAUUGGAUCUCAAUGAGAAAUUGGGGUUGCCGGAAAGUUUUAAAGUCGAGUCCGUCGCAAUUAAUCUUCUGGAAGUCAACUCUCUUGAUGACGGGGAAAUGUCUUCCCCGAUGUCCAGAACUUCUGAGCCUGCACUUUUCGAUACGUUUGAUGACGAUGUCACUUUACCAUUGGAGGUGGAGGUGGUUCGCCAAGUAAUCGAAGAACCCCUGGUUGCGAUCCCAACUGUUAUUGAACAUUCUGAAAACGAGGAAGUAGAGCUUGCCGAUCGGAUGGAACAAGUAGCCGUUCAAGAAAAAGAGUUUUACCAAUCUUUCGGCGAAUCGGUUAGUUCUUUCGUCAACGAAGAGACACUGCCACAAAUUAUGGUACUCAAAGAAGCAAAAGUCAUGGAGCAGUUGGCAAUCCUCGAUGAAGAAGUAAAAGCUGCCGGUGAUGUUACUGAAAAUCUAGCGCAGGAAAUAGUGGAUUUCGUGUCGGCUGAGAAUGCAACCAAGGAUUUAAAUGUUUCAGAACCCAUCGAGGAUUUAAACGUUUCCGCCCACAUCGAAGAUCUUAACCUUCCCGAAAAGAAGUCGUCGGGCGAGGACGUCAGCUUCAACUUAAUCAGACAAUUGACGGACGCCCCGUCAUCUACAUCACCUUUGGAGUCUUCUUUAAUCGACGCCACACAGUAUAUAGAUGAAGAUCCUGAUGUCACUCUCCUCUCGGAAGCCGCUGCAGUAACGGAGACAACAGAAGUGAUCGAGGAUAUUGAUGAAUUCCACGAUCUGAUCGAACUGGAUGAUAUGGAAGAGUUUUAUGAUUCGCAGUCGGCCGAUGAAGCACUGGAGGACCAGCCGGUUGUUGGAAUACCAUGUGUAGCUCGUUUCACCGAAGACGAGCGUUAUUAUCGCUCGAAAGUCCUAUCCGUUGGAGAUCGAUUAGGAAAGUUUGUUUUUUUGGCAGGCUGCUCCUUUCAGCUGCCUUUUGCUGAGGCAAGGCCAGUUGAGCCGAAAUUAGUCGACGUGGAUAUCAACGGCCUUGCGGCCGAUGUAUCAAAGGUGGUACUGAACAGCGGGUUGCCGUGGUUGGAGGGAACAUUCGGCUUGGUGCUAAUCGCAGUUACGAAAUACAUGUUGUGGCCAUUGUUUAAGAAGUAUUGUUGGGAAAAAAUGGUUCAAAUAUGGAAUGACUAUUUCCACAAGAACCAAACCGAUGCCCAACAAACCGACGCCAUUCCACUAACCCCUAUUCAACCAGAAAUAUUGAAUAUUGCGAUUGAACAACUUUCCAGUCAGCAAUUGGCGGCCCUAGAGGCACUAGAGGACAUCAAAAAUUCAGUUGCUCACCUGGAACCCCCCACAGUUGACAGGCCACAGACACAAGGCCAACCAAAUGGUCCAGGCGUGGGGGGCGAAUAAAAGUGCUUCGGGUGACCCCGGGACACCCACCAACUGGUGUCCCGGGAAUUAUCCCGAAUCGGAAUCCAUCAAAAUCAGUUAAGAUCUCAGCGAGGACACUUACAGUCUUCCAGUUGACUGAGGUACUUUGUGGUGUCGGAAAUUUCAUCCUUUUUUUUUUUGUUUUUUUUUUUUUUUCUUUAGCUUGUGUUUAUUUCUUUCGCUUUUGUUUAUUCAUUUUCAUCUUAUUUCACAAACGCGAGUUCUAACAAAAAGAACUAAGCCUCAACUGUGAGGAGCCAAAUUCUGUUUCAUAGUCGAGGAUCAUAAAAUUUUUUUUUUGUUUUAGAAACCUUUGAAUGCAUACUCAUCGUCUUUGUUCUGUUAACCAAGAGUCGACUCGAAUAAAGUUUUCAAAAAAGUU